GAAUCAGGUCAACUUGACAUAACUGAAGGCUAGAUAUGGUUUUGCCUCAGCUCUCGUUGUAAACACUGCGACAUGUUGCAGUUUGUCUGCCUUUUUUUAUGCAAGAAUACUAGAGCGUUUCAGCUUUUUGAGACGGAAUAAGUAAUACUAGAUUCAUCUGGUAGUCAGGUUCUAUAUGAAGUUUCAUUUUAAGACUAUGGACUUUAUCACACUGGGUUUGAUCUCCUUCACUUCACUACUGGUCUACGCUUACUAUCGCUUCUUGAAGAAAACCCUGAACGUGCCCCCGUGUCCAGUCAGACCAUGGCCGGUAGUGGGUCAUCUGUUGAUAUUGAAGGCAGACCAGAGGCCACAGUUCAAACAGUGGCGGGAGCAGUGUGGAGAUAUUUUUAGUAUUUACCUGGGGUCUAAACUUCUGGUGGUCAUCAAUGACUUUGAACUAAUUAAAGAGACGUUUGUGAAAAGAGCAGACGACUUUUCAGACAGGCCAAUCAUAUUUAUUGAUGAGGACAUGGGUGAUCAAGGCAGAGGUCUUGCUUUUUCUUCAGGCCAACUCUGGAAAGAACAGAGAAGUGUUGCGCUAUCUAUACUUCGCAAAUUUGGCUUCGGCAAAAAUAUUUUGGCUGAGAGAAUUCAAGAUGAGGUAUCACACUAUCUGGACCAAUUAAAAGACUAUGAUGGCAAGCCGGUAGACAUUAAAAGAAUAACCACAGAAAGUACGGCUAAUAUAAUCUGCUCCAUUGUCAUUGGGAACAGGUUUGACUACAAUGAUCCAACGUUUAGAAAACUACUAACGGAAAUCGAAAUCCUGUUUUCUUCUAACAAGCAAGCGGCUGUUAUAACAUUUUUCCCUUUUCUGAAAUACUUACCGGGACACCAAAAAUUAGUUCAAAAUGUGAAAUCAAUUUUGAACAUUGAACAAGAUUUCAUUGUCAAAAGUAAAGACAAAGAUCCUGAAGAUAAUUUUAUCGCUUCCUAUGUCGCUGAAAGAGAUUCCAGAAUUGCAAGUGGAGAGACUACGACAAUGAAUGAGAUGAAUUUAUUGAAAUCAGUUUUUGAUCUUAUUAAUGGUGGAACUGAAACAACGACUACUACAAUUUGUUGGUUUGUGCUUUAUAUGUUGAACUAUCCGCAAGUUCAGAAAAAAAUAUAUGAUGAAAUCAACACUCAUAUUGGAAGUGGUCGAGUCCCGUCCAUUCAAGACAGACCUAAGUUGGUUUAUCUCAACGCUGCGAUUAAAGAGACACAAAGAUUGGCAAGCAUUGUACCGCAGUCUGUUAUAAGAAUAUGUUCAAAAACUCAAACUAUUAGAAACUAUACGAUUCCCGAAGGUUCUUUGAUUGUUCCGAAUUUAGACUCUGUAUUAUUGGACAAAAACAUCUGGGGAUCAGAUGCUGACGUCUUUAACCCAGACAGAUUCAUUGACGCAAAAGGACAGUUAAAGAAACCCGAAGAAUUCAUUCCCUUUGGAGUUGGACGUCGUGUUUGUCUUGGAGAAUCAAUGGCUAAAACUGAGCUGUUUCUGUAUCUAAGUUCUUUGAUUCAAAGAUUUCACCUGCUUCCAGUUCAUCCAGAUCAACCUCCACCAAUGGAUUAUAUUUAUGGACUUACAAUGAUUCCCAAACCUUACCAACUAAAACUCAUUGAAAGAAAUCACAAUUAGUCUUGCAUUACAAAUGAUAAUUUGUUAAAAUUUUAAAAGAUUCAAAACGCAACAAUACGCAUAGUUUUUUAGCGGCCCCCUUAAGGGGAAAAAGCCGCUAUUAGGUUUGUGCAUAAUGUCCGUCUGUCCGUCUGUCUGUCUCUCCGUCUGUCCGUCUGUCACACUCAGAUCUGAAAAACUAGAAGAGAUAUGAAAAAUAUUAUUUCACCAUUAAAUGCGGCUUGAAAAGUUUAGAUGCAACGGCUACUUUUGGUUUUCUAAAAGCAAACCGUUUAAUUUAUAAAAUUAAUUAUGCAAGCGAUUUUUUUUCAUAAAAAUACACCAAUUCUAAAACAAUUACGUAAAUGUAAGGGAGGCAAUGUUACAAUAUGCUAACAAAGAUGGGCAAUUUUUGUAAAUUUUCAGUAUCACUAAAUCAAAUAUGUUUAUAAAAUGUACAAGAAAUGUUUACAACAAAUAUAAAUAAUAGUUAAAGGUGUUUUUUCUGGUCAACUAGCUGCUAAAAUUAAUAGAAAACAUUUAUGUUUGUUUAUAAAGGCUAAUAAUGCACUUUGUAUGUUAAUAUCACGCACAUUUUUUUUAAUGGACUUUUUAUGCAGCGACUUUCGUGCAGUAGCGUAACGUCGCAACAUGCUAUGGUGCUAAACCAAUUCCUUAAAUUUUUUUAAAAAAAUCAGAUUUUAUUUAUUUUUUAUUUAGUGCCCCUCAUCCGAAUAAAAGAAGCUUAUUUUGUGCGUUUUGUCUGUUGGUCGGUCUGUCCGUCACGAUUAGAUUAACAAAUAAAACUAAAGGAAGGCUAUUGUAAAUCUGAUUUAACCUUUAAUUUUUCAUUCAGAAAUAUUGCAAUAGUUUUAAGUAUCUAUAAUAGAUUGUUCCAAAUGUUUUGUGAAAAACAAAUCAAUGCCAGCGAAUAUUUUUUUGCUCUUCUAAAUUAUAUUAAAUUUUAUUUCCAUGCUUAAACGUUGCAAUAAACACAUUAUAUUUUAUACAUUGUUCCGGUUUUUAAUGUAAAUAGUAUAUAAAUGCUAAAUAAAAAUAUCUAUACCUAUUUAUAUUUCAAUAACUAUAAAGUUGUUCCGGAUAUUGUUUUAUAAAAAUAAAUUAUGUCAAAUCAUUGUUUGAAAUCGCAUAAUUGACUAAUAUUACACUUAUAUUCUUUGACACUAUGUCACUGUAGUUUAUUUAUCCAUAUCAACUGUUCCGAAUUUUUAACUUAAAACAAAUUUAUGUCUAAUGACUUUAUUUUUUUCAAAAAUAUCGACAAUAGGUUGUUCAGGAUUGUAAAAUAAAAAAGUAAUUUACUAGAAACGAUUAUUGAAAAUCACUUAUUAAUUUAUUUUACAGUUAAUUUUCUUGCCGAAACAUAAUAAAAGUUGUUUAAUCGGUAAAGAAUGUUCCGGAUUUUGUUUCGAAAUGUUUGAAAUCCCUCUUCUAAUAAAUAAAGAAAUAAAUUUCUCUUUUACGAAAAUUAGUUGUUCCGGAUUUUUUAUGAAAAAUAUUUUAAUUCUAUUUAUAUAAAAUCGCACUUCUCUCUUACACUACAUUUAACUUUCUAGCUAAAACGUUAGAAAAUCUUAUUUUAUCGUUAAUAUUAUGUUCCGGUUUUUAAGGAAAACAACUUCCUAACACCAAAGUAUGGUUUGAAAAUCUCUCUAUAAGGCUAUAGUACAUCUAAUUUUCAUAACAGACCAUCCCACAAAUUUAAUUAACGGUAUCUCACAAUAAAUACAUAAACAUCUGGAACAAUCUAUUAUAGAAACUUAAAACUAAUGCAAUGUUUCGGAAGGGAAAUUACAUUUUAAUCAGAUUUUCAAUAACUUUUAGUCUUUUUUUUUCUCGCUAUUAACAUGACGGACAGAGAGGCUGACAGACAAAACAAAAAAAGCGUCUUUAAUCCCUUUAUAUCUAUGUUAUAUACAUAUUUAGUCUAACUAGCCAUCAAAUGAAAUGCUAAAAGAACUCACACGGUGCAUCAAUGUCUAUGAACACUCGACAAGCUGCUAGUAUAGAAGACAUUUUUUAGUCUAACUAGGACGUGUGACGUAUUGGAUUUUUUCCUCUGACGUCAUAUGGAGUUAAUUCUUUAAAUGAAAUGCUAAAAGAAAUCACUCUGUGCACCAAUGUCUAUGAACCCUCAACAAGCUGCUCGUAUAGAUGACAUUUUUUAGUCUAACUAGGCCGUGUGACGUAUUGGAUUUUUUCCUCUGACGUCAUAUGGAAUAAAUUCUUUAAAUGAAAUGCUAAAACAACUCGGUAUAGUAAUGUUUAUUAAACCUCGUAAUGUGACUCGCAUUUUAAAAAUACAAUAGCUAGAUUUAGAUCUAAUCUAGAUUUUUUAUACUAGAUCUGGAUUUUU